CUGUGACCCCGGUGGUGAAGCACCAUUUCCCGGGUCACCGGGUCACCAACAUGGCGUGGAGGAGCUGCGCUGUUCUGUUCAGACUCACAGGAGAGGAUGUUCUACGGAGCUCCGCGAAGGGAGGCAGGAUCCCUCACAGCGUUCAGCAGCGCUGCAGCUUCCGGAAGGUGACCAGGAAACCAGAGCAGAAGAAGGGGGAGGAGGAAACCCCCCACAUCGAGUCCCUCGAGGCCGUCGUCCCGCGCCGCACAUCCCCCCCCCACGUGGAGCAGCGAGCCCCCCCCGGACCCCCCCGAGACUUCGGCCGCCUCCUAAAGCCCUUCGUCUUCACCGUGGGGUUUACAGGCUGCUCCUUCGGUGCGGCAGCGAUCUGGCAGUACGAGUCUCUGAAGUCUCGGGUGCAGAGUUACUUUGACGAGAUCCGAGCCGAUUGGCUGGAGAAACUCCGGCCUCAGAAACGAGGAGACGUGCGCAAAGAGAUCAACCAAUGGUGGAACAGCUUGAGCGAGGGUCAGAGGACGGUCACGGGGGUCAUUGCUGCUAACGCCGUGGUGUUCUGCUGCUGGAGGGUCCCGGCUCUGCAGCGCUCCAUGCUCAAAUACUUCACCGCCAACCCGGCCUCCAAGACCCUGUGCACCCCCAUGCUGCUCUCCACCUUCAGCCACUUCUCCUUCUUCCACCUGGCCGCCAACAUGUACGUCCUGUGGAGCUUCUCCUCCAGCGCCGUGUCCAUGCUGGGGAGGGAGCAGUUCAUGGCCGUCUACCUGUCUGCAGGCGUCGUCUCGUCCUUCUUCAGUUAUGUGUGUAAAACAGCCACCGGGAGGUUCGGUCCGUCUCUGGGAGCCUCCGGAGCCAUCAUGACCGUCCUCGCCGCCGUCUGCACCAAAAUGCCUGACGCUAAACUCGCCGUUAUCUUCCUCCCCAUGUUCACCUUCUCCGCCGCCAACGCGCUGAAGGCGAUCGUUGCCAUGGACACGGCCGGCGUUGUUCUGGGAUGGCGGUUUUUUGACCACGCGGCGCAUUUAGGAGGAGCGGUGUUCGGGAUCUGGUACAUCCUGUUUGGUCACGAGUUGAUCUGGAGGAAUCGCGAGCCGUUCGUUAAGCUUUGGCACGAGCUGAGGACUGGGGGAGGGGGAGGAGGAGGGGGAGAUGCGGGAGGCGCUGUGUAGGAGGCGCCGGGGCUGCUGGGAAAUAAAAGCUGUAAAGAUGUAUAAAUGUACAGAACCCCAGAAUCUGCAUACGUAUAAAAACCAGUCACAUGAUGGACUGGUUUCUUGGUCGCGAUGCUGGGUGGGGGGUCGUGAGAGUACUCAAAGAUUCAAAGAUAUCAGUUAUAGAGCUGGUGGGGGGGGGGGGGGGUUAAUUUAUGAGUUAAAUCCCAGACAAUUAUCAGCUUUUUAUGUAAAUAUUCCUCAGAAAUAUCAAUAACAAAAUCAGACAAUGUUGACUUUUUUAGAUUCAAAAUGACUUGCUGACUUCAAUCUGAGAGAAUAACAAAACAAAAUAUCAUUUUACUUUUACUUAAAAACAAGAAUAAAAAACAUGAUGACAUCACUAAGGAACACUCGCUCCUAUUGGCUAGCACUCAUUGCACGUGAUAGGCUAAGAGGCGGGACAAGCCGUUGACCAACAGUCACACAGAGCCGGCCAGCUUGGGCUCUGGGUUCAGACGGAGGGUGAGAAGAGGAACCCUUCAUUCAAGGAUUGUUUCGUCGGGUUAUUUCUAAACCUUUAACGAGGUGUGUGGAGCCUCGGGCUCGGCGGGAGAACCGCUCAUUUAAUUACGUUUGGAGACUUUGAUUUUCAAUUUGUUCUUUGUGUUUAUUUAUGUUUGCUGGUUUUCUUAUAAAUAAAAGUGUGAAAUUAUGAAACGCAAA